UUUACUGCGGAAAAUAUGAACUGUGACCUGCCGCUGAUUGUACGGGAAAUCAUUAAUUUUCUCCUUUUUUGCAUUACUAUUCUCUCGUGCAUUUUAACAUAAAGAUGCUGAAAAAUCUAAUGACCUGGAAAGAAUUUGGACUCGGUCUUCUUGUAGGAGCAAGUGGAACGAUUGUCGUCACUCACUUAGUAAACAAUAUUUGGCCAAGUGAUGUGCAAAGGCUCGCAGAAGCUACCAGGGAACUCCAACGGGAGUGCAGGGAGCUCCGGGCAGCUCUCCGAGCGUCCUCCGACGAGACGGAUGGUGAAGUUCGCAGACGUGGAGGACGACCAAGAACACCCGGAGACACUCGGCCUCGAAGUCGGGGCGGUGGUAUGAAGAGAGUUGGAUCAGAGAUAAUAUCAUUGCACCCUAGCACAAGUGAUGAAGAUGAAGAUCUUGACUUUGAAGAAGCUUACGAGGGAUUCACUACCCCCGAGUAUCCACUCCUUUACAAAGAUGCCCCUGAACAGAGGUUUCAGAGCAUAGCAACAACUUCAGAGGAGCUGAAAGAAUUCUUGGUGGAAAUUGACAAACUCUUUGAUGGUUCCCAAUCUGAUCACCAGGAAGCCCUUCGGAGAAUGCUAGCUAAAGAGUCUCAGUAUACGUCAGAGUCAGAAUUCUUAUGGCGGUUAACAAGGGCUAAGAUCUUAGUCUCUGAGGUUUGUAGAAUUGAAGGUAAUGAUGAGGAGCGCAAGAGACUUGUUUUUGAAGGAAGGGAGCAUGCUAAGUGUGCAAUAGAUCUGAAUGAGGAGAGUUCUGAUAGUCAUAAAUACUAUGCAAUCACUCAGGGUAUUAUAACAGACUGGGUGUCUUUCUCAGAAGCAGCUACACUUGGCAAUGAGUACAAGCAACAUAUAGAGAGAGCAUUGGAGUUAAGACCAGAAGAGCCCUACCUCAAUCAUCUGUAUGGCAGGUUCCUUUUUAGUAUUGCAAAUUUAGGGUGGAUGCAACGAAAGGCUGCUAUUAUGAUGUACGGUCUGUCUCAAAGUCUCAGUCUAGAUGACGCCCUCGCUUGGUUUGAAAAGGCAGAGGAACUUCAACCUGGUUUUUCCAAUCUCAAUCCAUUCUAUUCAGCAAAAUGUUACAUUGCCAAAGGACAAACUGACGUUGCAGUGGAAUUCUUGCGCAAGGCCGUUUCCGAUCCUGGCAGGAGUUUCGAGGAAAACGAAGUACGACAAGAGGCAAAAGAACUUCUUCAGAGGUAUGAAUGAGAUCGGAAAGAGGUUGGAGGUGCGAUAGCUCAGCUGGUAGAGCGGGAAUUCGUAUUCCGGUGACCCGGGUUCGAUUCCCACUUGAUGCGCUAGUGCCAUUUGGUAAGGCAUUAAUCCUCAUU